AUUUUUUCACAUCACAUGCGUUUCUGCAUUGCACGUGUUUAAUAUUAUUACUAAAGUUUUUCUAUUUUACUAGCCAAACUGUGGCGUGUCUUUGAUUACACUAGUAUUUAUAACCAAUGAAUCCUUGAAUAAUAACACAAUGGCGACAACCUCGCUAGCUGAACAGCUUCAGAAAUUAGUAGCUCCUCAAACUGAGAUUUACAAAGACGAUAAAAAGAAGGCAUCUUUACUAUUCGACCCUAGAGAAGCCGCGUUAAAGGACCGAAACACUUUCUACGAACUCGGACGCAGUGGUCUGCAGGAACUCAUAACAUUGGACUCAAAAUUUGAGACCUUCGAGGAGACACUAUUCAAUAAGUCAUCAAUAGAUUUUGAAAGAGCUGUAGAGACUAAAGAAGUUAACAAAGUUUUGAAUGUUAAUAUUGACAAGUUUCUCAUAAAUUUAUCGCCAUAUUUACAAUUGCAGUCGGCUCAUAAAGCUCUAGAGUGGCUGGUGAAUAGAUACAGUAUACAUUACUAUAAUGCAAAAGCUUUAGUAGCUUUGAUUUUGCCAUAUCAUGAGACAUUAAUAUUUGUCCGUAUCGUCCAGAUUUUGGAUUUGAAAGGACCUGCAGUCCAAUGGCUCUUGCCCGUGCAGAAGACCGGAGCACCACUCUCAAAACAGGCUUUACAUAAUCAGUGUGUUUCUAACCAUGCAGUGUUAGAGUUCAUAUCUACGAACACCUUGAAAGCCGUUGAAGAAUUUGGUGAAAGAGCUACACAACUAAAUACUGUCUUCGCCUUUUGGUGUUCAACUGUCAUUGGCACCCUUAACUCCUCAAAAAAAGUUAAAGAAGAACUUAUCGCUCCGAUUAUGAAAACUAUGGUUGUAGGUUUCGUUUCCCCUAUACCCGAUUUUAAAGCCUCAUCUUUGGUGGCUCUUGGCUACAUGUCUACCAAAACUACUUUCAAAAAUAAAGUACUGGUAAAUAUUGUGGAUAGAUUAUUAAACUUUGAUUUGACAUAUGAUGUGGUUCUGCUUAUAAACUUGAUUUAUAAUAAUCAGCAGGGUUUAUUAAAAUUGUUAGAUCCUAUACUGUACAAUAUAUCAAAUGAUAUUAUGAGCACACUCUGCACACAUUUGAAGAAGCUUAUUGAGAGCAAGAUAAAAGUACACAAAUUUGUUUGUGCGUUCUUGAGGACCAUUCUGGAACAUUUGCUGAAGAACUCAGAGGAGUUUAUGCUAUAUAGUGACAUGCCACUGAUAUUAUUUGACAGCGUUGAUCUGACGAACCAGAAUCCGGCAAAAAUAAUUGAAGUUGUAAUCACAUCUUACAAGGAACCAAAACAAGAAAAAAUGAAAGUUGAUGACGACAUCACCAUGGUUGAUGAAAGCUCAUUUUCAUUUAAAUUACUCAACUGGUAUUCACAUUUCCUGAAAAGCAUUGAAAGGAAAUAUCCAGAAGACUUUGAUAAAGUGGUGAAAAAACAACUAAGUUUGCCUGAAACUAAGCUUAAUAAAAAAAUGAAUUGGGGUCUUAUAAAAGCUCUAGGAUUUAAUCCUGCUGUAGCUCAUCAAGUUGGAGGAGUGUUUCUUUUCCAAAACCUUACUAAUGUCAACCCACUAUUAAGAGUCCAAGCUGUAGAAUAUAUAGCUAAGGAAUUCAAGCGUUUGAAAACAGAAAGCAAAGAGUUUGUCAAAGAUGCUCUGUUGGAUAGACUUCACGACGGAAAUGCUAAAGUAGUUGCCGCUGUUUUGAACAUCUCAACUGCCAAUUUGAAUGAAGUAUUUGAUAAUGCAGAACUUACUGACGCAUUUAAAUCAAUUCUGGAACAAAAACACCGUAAUGAUUGGAAAUCUGUUAUAAGUCAAGCUAUCAACAAAUUAUGCGAAUUAGAUGCAUUACCCGUGAAUCAGGCUACCAUUCUCGCCCUGACGCCAUACUUAUUUCCGUUUGACGAAGCAUCAGCCAAAGUAACCUGGCAAAUAUUGACUUCAAGGUGGGGAAAGAGGUUCGAGUUAACGAAAAAUCUUGACCUGAAUGAAUCAUACAGUGACAAUCAUGGAGUAUUAAUACAGAUGGUGUACAAUGAGUUGUUUGUAAAAAGAUCAAUGAAAUUUGACUUCCUGGAUCCAUUGCAACUGAAGGAAAGAAACAUACUUGACAUUUCUAUGUAUCUGCUGCUAAAAUCUUGCUCCUUUGAGACAAUGCCUGUCCAAGAGUUGACAGAUAUCCUAGGCUUAAUUCUAGAACCUAUUGAGGGCAGAGAAAUAGUUCCAGUGACUAAAGGAGAAUCUUUUUCAGUGGAAAUGAUGCCAAGUUUUAUAAAAAUGUCACGGGAGGAUAAAAUUGUCUUUGAAGUUAUGGAGUACAUUUUUAGCAGAAUGAUUGAAGGCAUGCAGAUCAAAAUACUGACCAAGCCGUGGUGUGAUCUUUGCAAAGACGCAGAAACAAUCCUUAUUAGAAGGUUAUACGAGAUUUUUAUCACUGGAUGUUCUCUCGAAGGCUACAGCCAGAAUUACUCAAAGUUGCUUCAAAAGCUGCUUGAUAAAUCCUUUUCUGAUGCAAAAGAAAAAUUCGAAUUUAUUGUAAACUUCGGUUGUGGGCAUAUUCUGUAUGCAAAUGAUCCCAAUGAUGUGAUCAACCCAGAACUUCAGCUGAAAAGUCUCAAACUGCUUUACACCUUCAUAGAGAUGCAGCAAAACGAGAAAUGGCUGUACGAUUCUGAUGUCAUCAUGCUCAUGAUUAUUUUUAAUCUGAACAACCCCAUUUCUGUGAUUAGAUCUUACACAGUUGACAUGAUUGAGCUGUUAUUGAAAAAUAAGUCCAACAAAAACCAAAUAUAUGUCCAGCUUAUGAAAGGAUUAUUUGACCAUAGAGAAGAACUAGUAAUGGACCCUGAACAAAUAUCACAAGUUCUUGAUACACUCCUAACUGACUCUGCAGAUAAAGUUUUCAGGAAGAAGUGCGUGGAAAAACUCCUAGGCAUUGUUGUUAAAGACACACCCGCUCAUGUAUCCAGCGAACUUCUCAAGAUCAUGGCAAAUAUCAACAAUGUCCAAGCUUUCUCUAUAAUCAUUCCAUCCUUCAAUAUGUUUGAACUAAUUCUCAAAUUGAACAAAGAUAAUCCGAAAUUCACGUUCGAUGUCUAUGAAUCUAAGAUCUUUAGGAACAUCUGCAGUCGAAUCAAUUCUGUCACGAUUUCGACAUUGACUAAGCAAACUAUCUGGGAUCCUAUAGCAUUUGCUUUGAGAGAGUACAGGGAAUGCAUUAUGGAGGAGGAUCAGACGUUCAAGAGCCCAUCUGUUUUGAUAAUGAAACAAAUUGACGAGGAAGUGUUUAAGAAAGUUCCAGAAGAGAAAACCAAGGAUUUGGUCCAUCUGAUUGCUACUGCUGGUGCUUUCAGUAAUAAUCCACUCAUUUCAAGCGCCGCUUCUAAGGUAAUGCGAAAGAUCCAUUUGAAUUUUACCGAUUUCCAACCAAUACUAGAAAAAAUGCUGAAUGCGGCUGAUCCUGGUGCUCUCAGUCAGAAGAAGAAGACUGUUUCCGUCUCCAUGAUUUCUUAUCAACUGACAGAGACAGACGAAUGGCGUUUAGGCGUCACUAUGCUUGAAUACGUACAGAACAAGAAAAAAAUGACUGUGGACAACUCUUUUGUCUCAACCUUGUUCCAAGUUCUAAACAAAUGCUUGAGAUUCGAAGAACAGUCUUAUGUCGAAUACCCAAAGCAAUUGGUGUUAUCAUCCCUGUUUUAUUACUGCAAGAAGUUUGUUGAUGAUCAAGACAAAGACCAAUUGAAGAACCUUAAAUCCAUGUUUGAUAUUGAAUUAGUUGUCCAAUGUAUUAGAGGCACUCAGAACCCUCAAACUCAUCAUCAUGCCUUGAUACUUUUGUCUCAUGCUGCUUAUAUGCUUCCAGAACAAGUAUUGCACCACACUAUGGAAAUAUUCACAUUCAUGGGCUCUUCUGUCUUAAGACAUGAUGAUGCUUACAGCUUCCAAAUCAUCAUCAGAAUUAUUGAAACCCUAAUACCAAUUUUGGUUAAACUAGACAGACCUGUAGAAGAGUACAGUGAGAAAGAAUUGCAGCAAUUGCAGAAGCGCGUUGUGCCCGUUCUGCGUAUAUUUGCUGAUGUGGUACUGCACGUACCAGAACACAGGAGGUUGCCACUUUACAAGAAACUGAUGGAGACUAUUGGACCUAAUCAAUUCCUGUGGACAUUCCUCGCUCUCUUACUAGAGACGCACGUGGCGCACUUCAAUGAAGGAAAGGAGAAAGAAGAUAAGCGUCCAAAAUCUUUAGCUGACAGAGAAUCUCCAAUGAACAGACUCGAUUUUGGACAAAAUCUCCUUUUAGAGUUUCCGCCAGAAAUCUGCAUGGAGACUUUCAUCAAAUUGAUGGCAUACGUCAAAACGCUGCCUUUGCAGAAAGAUGAAAAUGCCAUGGACACGAAUGUCGACCCAACUGAGAUAUUCAGCGUGAGCGGACAUCGGCCAAAUCAGCUCAGACAUUACAAAUACAUCAUUAUUACCUUCAUGAAUAGCUUCCUAGCUUCGUCAAGGUUCAUCCAUCAUAGCAGACAGGCGACUGACAUCGAGACGAUGGAGGGCCACUACAAAACUUACAUCAUAAAUAUCUUAACAUUCAUCCAAAGCAAUUCUAAAAUCACAGAUGAGAAAACCGUCAAGUACUACAGAGUUAUGCUGCACCACAGCUAUGAUUUGUUGGACCAUACGAAUAAUUUGUUAUCCGCACCUAUGUUCUUGUCUGUUGUCAGAGGCUUACUUAAACAUACCCUACAGACAGUUAGAAGAAAGUCGAUGGAACUGUUGAAUAGUAAAAUCCAACAUAACCCAGAAAUGUUCAACGGUGUUGACAAAACUUUGGUCUAUUCCCUACUGCCCGCUUUGCUUGAGAUUGUCAAAACUAUCGAUGUUAUUAAUGAAGAAUCUAAUAAAUUAGUCGCUCAAGAUAUGGAGCUGAAUCAACAAACUGCUCUGUUAUCUCUGAAGUUAUUAGCCAAAAUGCUCGCAGAAAAAGAACCCGAAGAAUUUGGACCUGUACUUGAAACUGUCACAGAAUACAUAUGUAAACCAAGCAUUUCCAACAAUGUUAUGGCUUCAGUUGUCUUAACUUUAGCAGAAUUGUGCGCAAACAUGAAAGCAUACGCUUUACAAUACCUUCAUAAAUUUAUGCCGGCGUUGAUCAAAGUAUUAAAAUUGCAGCGUAAGGCAGAAACGCCAGAAUUAGUCUUAUUAAGUACUGUGACAUCGCUAGCAAAGAUUAUCGAAAGCCUACCUCUGUUUCUCAGUCCGUAUUUACAGAAGAUUUUAUACGAAUAUGCAAUAUUGCUAGCGAAAUGGCAAUCUUAUGAUCAGGAGUGUACGAAAGUGACAGCGAUAGUAACAAAGUUAAUGGCGGUUAAAAAGAAGAUUGCUAGCUCGAUUCCUCCUAGAGUUUUAAUUCCUGUUGCUAACGCUACUUACCAACUACUAUUGGACAAGGAGAAAUAUGUUGCUGUUGGUCCAGUGAUGUCAGUAUUAGCUGAAAGCUUUGCGAAUAUAACAUCAAGUGAUUUCACAGCGUUGCAGCAAGAUUUGACGGCUUUCUUCUUGGCCGCUCUGCAGUUGAGAAGCGACUCGGUAGAUAAAGCAGAUGAUUCGACUAUAGAUUUGACGGAGAACGAAGUGGUAAAUGCUUUAGUGAGUUUGGUGCUGAAAUUGUCGGAGACGAGCUUCAGACCGUUCUAUUUUAAGAUCUAUGACUGGGCGAUAAGGACUAAUGUUGAAGGGCAGAGGGACCGAGCUAUCACUUUCUAUAGGGUAAGCAGCGCAAUCGCUGAUAAACUAAAGGGCCUGUUCGUCUUAUUCGCGGGUCACUUCAUCAAAAACGCAGCAGAACUCCUCGAUUCCUGCAACAAAAGCAAAACAGAAGACCUAUACUUUGACUCCGAAGAAAAAUGCAUUACACUAGUCAACUACAUUAUCAAAACUCUACAUAUUGUCUUCUUAUACGACAGCCAGAAUUUCCUGAAUAAGGAUAGAUUUGAAACACUAAUGCAGCCAGUGGUGGAUCAGUUGGAGAAUCAGCUCGGCGGGAUUGUGAGCCUUAAGGAGAGGGCCGUAGAGUCGCUAGUGCCUUGUGUGGCGCAGUUUGCGGUGGCGACGGCGGACGAUUCACUGUGGAAGCUGUUGAAUUACCAGGUGUUGUUGAAGACGAGACAUAAUGAUGCUGAGAUAAGGUUGCUGGCCCUUGACUGCCUGGUUGCCAUGGCAACGCAGCUCGGCACCAGCUGGUUGCCGCUCCUGGCCGAGAGCGUGCCGUUCCUCGCCGAGCUUCUCGAAGAUGGCGACCCCAAGAUCGAGGCCACAACGAAAGACGCCAUUCGGAAACUGGAGACCAUACUCGGAGAGCCGUUAGAAAAAUACUUUUAGUUUUUAAGACUAAAUAACAAAUAAGCAAAUGUUUUUGUAAA